AAAAAGAAGAAGUCUUGCGCAAUACCGGACUUUCCGCGCAAGUGCACAGGCAGGGUGUUUUUCUUCCGAUAUCUGACGCAAUCUAUAGUUCACGUCUUGCCCCAUGAGUUUAGUUGCAGUAGUAAAGGUCCGUUAGACUGAAGAUGACCUGCGCGGUGUACAGUUAAUUAACGUUUCCCAACAGAGAAUGUUUUUCAUCUGACGGGGUAUAAAGGCAGACGGAACUGCAGUAGCUUUAUGAGAGAGGCUCUAAUUAAACUGACUCAUUGGCAUCCAGGACUCCACAGAAUGUCUGUGUCUCAGACAAUGACGACUGAGGAGACUCUCACCUGUCUCCAUGUUCAGCUCUACCAUCCUGACCAGGGCACCCAGCCACUUUACAACCUUCUUCGUUUAAGUCACCCUCAAAAGAUGAAUGCUGAAGAUCCGAUUAGACUGGGAAGAGAUGGGCAAACGUGCACUUUUGUCCUGAAUGACAUCCGUGUCUCCCGAAAGCAGAUUUCUAUCUGCGCUUAUCGAAAGCCUGGUAGUACAGAAAUGCGUUUCACCAUUCAGAACAUCAGUCAGAAAUGCAAGAUACUGAUCAGUGGUUCUGAAUUGGGAUAUCUUGAGCGAGCUGAUCUCGAUGACAAGGCUCUGCUCCGAUUUGGCAGGUACGAGUUGCUGAUUUGGAGGGAACCUGGUGAAGCCCAGGACUGCUUUGAGGUUCUGUUUGAGAAGCAGAACAUCCCCCCCUCGCGGGAAUUAGGUGUGGAUGUACCAUGCAGGUUAGCCGUGCUGGAUACAGGUGUGAGAAACUAUCAUAGUGGAUCUCUCGAUAGUCAAGAGCCGCAGGAGUCCGACGAGACUCUGUGAAUGGCUGUGGGCUGAACUGCUGGCAUUGCUUCAACGUGAUCCAAAGAGGAAUUCCCCGGGUUGCUUUGUUGUGGCUAUUAUUGGUGCCCAGGGGACGCUGUUAUGGGAUCUGAACAAAAUAGUAAAAAAGUACUCAGUUUAUUUCCAUCUUUCUCAGUCCAGAGCAGGUGUCACCAUGUUUUCAUUUUGUUACUCAAAGCAUUUUGUAAACAAUAUGAACAAAACAUUCACUAAGCUGGCAUCAUUCUUUUUACUGUACUUCUGUACAGUGUUUUACUGUACUGUUUACUGUUAAGAUACUAUUUAGUCACGACUUGCUUCAACAUUAAUGGUCGUUCCAUGCAGUUUGUGCAAAUGAAGGCUUCUGAUAGCCUUUGUUGCACUCUUCCGAUCCUCCAUAUGAACGAAGGCAAAGUUCUUGAUGAUCGCACAUUCUGUGACUGUUCCAUACUGUGAGAACAGUACCUGGAUUUCAUCAGUCUCGGCCUGUGGUGGCAGGUUCCCAACAAAGAUCUUCACCAUUAUUGGUGCAAAUAGAAACCAGAUUCUGAAACACACUACAAUUGCAAUAGAUUAUUCAUAAAAGUGACACCCCUUAAGCGGUCCAAAAAUAUUUAAACAAAAAAAAUUCUUAGACGAAAUAGAGUGAAAACGGAAAGAUGAAGCAGUGCUUGUUUAUAAAUGUGCUUUUAAAACCCUUCAUAUGAAAUCAAACCCUAACGCGUCUACCAGCAACGUUAGCUGCUAAUCUACUAGCCGCACUUCCUGCUGGGGACGACACUUUCACCCAACUAACCAGAUAAUUUACAUAGUAAUGCUAGCUAACUAUAUGGAGCAAAUUAAAGCAAUAACGUUAACUUUAGUCGCAUAUAGCCGCAAACACUUUAAGAACAAUGUAUGACAAAAUCCGUCUUCAACUAGGUUAGGCUAGUGCAAGGUUCUCUCACAAAUACGAUAGCUAGCUCCGUAUCAACGCUGAAGAUAGGUACGUUAUCACUCACCAAACAAGCAGUACACUAAUUUUUAGCUGCAAUUAUCAACUAGUUCAUCAAUUCUUAUAAAGUAGUUUUCAUUGCAUUAUAUUUAGUAAAGUAGGUCUAACAUAUUAAGUAUUAUAGUCAAGCAUCUUGUACAUGUUGAAUGUUUGCUUACUACUAAAGGUUAGACUGCCAUGCCAAUGUGAAAUGUGUUAAACAGAUAAUGAAGGUUAGUAAUGUAUUUUUUUGCAUGAAAGAUAACACUUUCUGUUCUCAGCUGUUUAACCAGUGUGGCUUUAUUGCUGAAGUUUGUUUGUUUGCUUUUUUAAUAGAAAUGAAAUAAAUGAAUUCAUCUAUAUCAAUUGAAACGACAUUUUGUAUAAGGAGGUUUGCCCACAAGCAAAAGUAUUAAAUCUGAUUAUAAGAGAUAACUUGUACAUUUUGUGCAGUACACCACUCAAAACGUAAGCCACUGUGAAACAAGACUGCUUUCAAGUAUUUCAUGCAUUGAAAUGCCUUCAUGCCACAGUGCAAGCUUUUUGGUAUCCUGCACUGGUAUCCAUAGCAGAUAUGAACUUAUGCCAGAUCUGAUAUGAUUAGAUGAUGACAAUGGAGUUAUAGCACAUGAUAAAUCUGUAAAUAAAUAAAUAAUAAAUCUAUGAUCUCA